UAAGCUUAAUGCGUCAACAUUUCACAACGUUAACUAUUUACGUUACACGGGAACAAAUUGGGAAGCAAUAGACAGUACAGUGCUUGGUACUGAUGCCAUUAGCUUAGCAUUAGCAUUCGGCUCGAAAGGGAAGCCGAGUUUCCGCCUUACGUCGUGUAGAGCUAAACCCCGAGGAAAAAAAGACGCCCGCUUUUUGGAAAGAGAAACGACAGUUUAAUUUCACCACUGACGUGUCGUCUGCUGAAUUAAUUUAGCGCGGAUUCAGUUCAUGAGCCGGGAUAGGAGGCGUAAAGCGACAGCGCAGGCGCGGCGAGUGUAGCCGACACUACCGGCAUGGCCAGGGACUACGAUUACCUCUUCAAACUGCUCAUUAUCGGCGACAGUGGUGUGGGGAAGAGCAGUCUUCUACUGCGCUUUGCAGACAACACAUUUUCAGGUAGUUAUAUUACCACUAUAGGAGUUGACUUCAAGAUCCGAACAGUAGAGAUCAAUGGCGAGAAGGUGAAGCUACAGAUCUGGGACACAGCGGGCCAAGAGCGCUUCCGUACCAUCACCUCCACGUAUUACAGAGGAACCCAUGGGGUCAUAGUGGUAUACGAUGUCACCAGUGCCGAAUCUUUUGUCAACGUUAAACGAUGGCUGCAUGAAAUUAAUCAGAAUUGUGAUGACGUUUGUCGAAUAUUAGUGGGUAAUAAAAAUGAUGACCCAAACUCUAAAGUUGUGGAGACAAAUGAUGCACAAAAGUUUGCAGAGCAGAUGAGCAUCCGCCUGUUCGAGACAAGUGCAAAAGAGAACAUUAAUGUGGAGGAGAUGUUUAACUGCAUCACGGAGCUGGUGUUACGGGCAAAGAAGGAAUCUGUGGCCAAGCAGCAACAGCUGCAACAGAAUGAUGUUAUUAAACUCAGCAAGAACAGCAAACGAAAGAAAAAAUGUUGCUAGUGGAUCUCAAACCUGACCGCAGCUCUCCCUGCAGAAUCCCUAUAGAGAAAAGGACUAUGAUCACCUAAAUUAAGAGUAGAGAAAGCUUAAUAAAGAUAAUAAUGAAAUGGAAAAAAAGAAAACAAGCAUGUCCCUUUUGGACAUAUACAAAUCAUGAAGACUUUUUAAAGAAAAUGUACAGAUUUUAUUAGAAUUAAGGAAUUUUUAAGUGGGAAUUCAAUAGAUGUGGUAUUUAAUAAAAGAGCCUCCUUCUUUCUUGAAGGACCUGCAAGCUGACAUGCUCACCACAAUGUGCAGAUUUUUAUAUGCAUCGAGUUACUCAUACAGCCUUGUCUGUUUUAUGUUUUUGUUUCUUUGUGGGUCUCCGUCUCAGGAGUGUGUUUUCUUCUUUUUCUUUUUGGUUUGAUGGAAUAGAUUUAUUUUGUAGAAUGAGUGAUGAGAGGAAGCAGUUUAUCUCUGAACAUGAAAACUUAGACAGAUGACAACAACUCAUGAUUUUUCACUUUUAGUGAAUUUAACAAAAACAAAGAAUCAUUUUGACUUGUAUAUCUGGUGACACUGGUGGCACAAGUUUUUUGUUCUUCUCCUGGUCCUUUCUGCCAAGUGCCUCUGAAGGUGUUUCUGGUAUCUGCAACAUAAAUGCACCCUACCAUUUGCCAAGCAUUUGUAUUUGUAGGAAAACAGAGGAAAGAAAACAUUUUACUGCCAUGAUCAGAACCAUAGUGGACUGGUGUCAUUCUUGAAUGUUGCCAUGCUAAUGCAUAUGGGACUUCCAAAUUGGAAGACUUGUUCUGAUGUGAAUCUCCAUCACAGAGGUCUGAACACUCAUAUCAUCUGCCACUGUUCUCAGUGUUCAGUGUUAUAGCUCACCUUUUCCCAAAAUGAACACUCUUUACUCGUGACUGCGACGUCUCAAGGUGUGAUCCUGUGUAGUCUUAUUCUAUUUACAUUUAUUAAUUUGGCAAUUUCCUUCAAAUGAGGCAGAAUCCAGUUCAACUAUGAAGCUGUUUUUAGGCACCAACAGAGGCAGUGCCACAACACUAACCAGUUUCUACCAGGUAAUCAGAAACAAUUGUAAUAGUUGCAGAAAGAUCUUAGAAGGAGAAAUGCGGCUCAUUAAGCAUUGUCUUGCUUCAGAGUGACUCCAGUUCUGUAUGACGAAGAAAUUAAACUGAAAGGUAAAGGAAAGAGUAAAAGUAUUGAGUCUUUACAUGUCAUAUAAUUGCAGCUGAAUGCCUCUUGUCCUUAAUCCACUAUAAUUAGAGCUAAAUACCCAGAAUCAUCACUAUGAAUGGCAGGUUGGUUUGAGGUUCUACAAGGGUGAUGUAGUGACCCAUUAAACCAAGUAAUGGAAUCAUGGCAACAUGUCUGUGACUUUUUAUCCAUUACGCAUAUGUAUAUAAAAGCAUUUUAAACUAUCUAUUUUAAUCAGAUUUAAUCUAUAUGAUCUCCAUAUUUGCACAUAACCAUGCGAGUAUGCAUGUGUUUGUGCUAGUAAACAUUUUCAGAUGUGGUUCUGCUGUACACUGGAGUAAAGAAAAUUUCCUACAUCUCUUCCCCCUUAUGAAAUAAAAUUACAAUAAAUAUUUUAAGUGGAUUAACAUUUCGCACAAA